AUGGAAUCUACUCAAUCUGUCGCUGAACCACUGGAUUUGGUUCGCCUUUCACUUGACGAAAAUGUUUAUGUAAAGUUACGAGGAGAUCGUGAAUUGAAUGGACGUCUUCAUGCUUAUGACGAGCAUCUGAAUAUGGUUCUAGGAGAUGCUGAAGAAAUAAUUACAAUUAUUGAUGAAGAAGAACCCACAGAGGGACAGGCAUUCAAAAACAUUCGAAAACAUUAUGAGAUGCUUUUUGUUCGUGGUGAUUCCGUUAUCCUCAUUGCACCUCCUCGUACCUAA